AUAUUAACAGGUAUAGAAGAAGCCUGAGCGACGGAAGCUACCUUUUAUUCUAUUGGCGUUUAUCUAAGCUAAUAAAUUUAUUAUAAAGGUCGUUGCUCAACUAGAUUUGUACACUACCUACACCGUAAAGGUCAGUUAUCGAUGGUGCCCUAGGGUUGUACUUAUAGCCAACCGUUAAAUUACGAUAAGUUGAAAGGCCUAUAUUCAAAAGAGCAAUAAUACCGGAUAAUAAUUCUUGAAGUUUACAAGCGCCACACGCAAUUAUUUUUGAAUACUAUCACUGUAGACUAAUUGUGUGCAUUGUACGAAAUAUAAUGCAGUAUAUAUAUAUAUUAUAUAAAUAUAUACUGCUAUUUGCUGUACUAUGUGAAAUAAUGUUGAAAUACUGUGUAUUAAUUUAAACACAAUGAGGUCUACUCUAUACUUUCGGAGAUGGUCUACACAUACUGCAAAAUGUAUGAUGCGUAAAUAAACAAGGCAUUAAUGGCAUGAUAUUAAGAUUCAGUCUACGCAUAUAAAUGAACUUGAAGUUAGAAAAACGACAACUGAGACGUAAUAGAGUUGUAAAGCGGAAAAUGAAGUUGAUUUUACCAGUAAGAAAAUUCACAAAGAAAAUGAAUCAAAGAAGUAUAAUAGGUCUACACGUCCCACGUUCAUUUUAGAAUUUCAUUUCCACUACCCCUCUACUGGCAAAAGUCCGAUACAAAUUAAUUGUUUAGAUAUAAUAAAUGUAUGCCUACAGAUGGCAGUGUACAACCGUAUUCUUCCCAUGUCGCUUAGGCAACAGUUAAUAUCGUCUGCAAUAAUCUCUCUUAUUGAAUAGGCCUUGGCAGAAAUACUCUUACCUUAGAUGUCUUCAAAUUCAACGGUUAUCCGUCUUCAUGCGGAGGAAAAAAAUGUCGGAUUUGAUCCCAACGAAAGUCUGAUGUCCAAAUGGAGGAAGAGUUAUGAAAGCAAUAGAAGAAGAUCUGUAGCUGUUUCAAAAUACUACUCUUUUGGUUAUUUCUUCUGUAUCUGUUCUGCUGAGUUGUACUGUGCUUUUACUGAAAUUAUACCAUAUUUCUAUUCUCAAUUCGGCUGGGAGUAUGUCUACUUUAUGAAGGUUAUAGCAAUGUUUGUCUUUAUAAAUACUAUUGCCAAUUGGAUGCUCACUGUAUUAACAAAGACUCACGUUCCUCAAGACAACGACAGACCUGAUAGUGUUAAUCUUGCCUGGAAGAAAUACGAAAACUCUACCGACCACUCUGGAGAACAGAUAAUAAACCUUGGAAGCGUCGAUAGAAGUGAUUUGCACUGGACAUUCUGUAAAACCUGUGAAGUUCCGGCGCCCCCUAGAUCUCAUCAUUGUCCUAUCUGCGAACGCUGCAUAUUAAAGAGGGAUCACCACUGUUUCUUAGUUGGAACUUGUAUUGGCUUCUAUAACCAGCGCUUCUUCGUAAUACUUACUUUUUACGUAGCUAUUGCUAGUUUUGUGGGACUAGCCCACAUUGCAGUUUACAUGAAAGAUACUUAUUAUCCAUUUCAUUCGAUCAUUGACUGGUUUUUUCCAGUCACUCUCACACGAUUCGUGAUGGGAGAUGUUAGUCUAAUUCAUACCUUACUUAUGAUUCAGAUAUAUACUUUUUGGUGGUCUGGUCCUGUUUGUCUGGGCUUUUUUUUGUACCAAUUAAUUGCUAUAUAUUACGGCAAAACAGCUUAUGAGCUGGCUAAAACUCGACGACCGAAUAGAAUUCGGUCUCUUAAUCCAAUUUCGUACAAUUUUCAAAGCGUUUUUGGAUCAUUUUGGCCGAUAAAUUUUAUUUUCCCCGCUCAUCCUAUUCUUAAACAAUUAGGUGACGGAAGAAAUUGGCCAGGAGUUAAAAUUAAAUAUGACGUUUAA